AUGGCCGAAACUAUUUCUUGGACUGCAAAGAACAAUAACAGAGAGUUGGAAGAUCUUAGUCUUGUCCUCCAAGGUCUGUUAAAGAUACAGGAGGCAAAAUGCAAACCUCAAUGGCAGAAGCUUCCCUUAAACCUUGCUGAACUCUUGGAGACUUACGAAUGA